AUGUCCGAAUGGAAUCACGUGAGCACUAAAGAUAACCCGGCUGAUCUUGUUUCUCGUGGCUGUGAACCAACUCAAAUACAGAAUAAUCAGCUAUGGUGGAAGGGUCCUGAAUGGCUUAGCAAAAGUAUAGUGAAUUGGCCAAAUGUUGACGCUCAAUGGUCAAGCGAAAUGGGUGAGAUUCCGGAAGAAAGAAAUACAACUAUUUCAGUUGUAACAAUCGAGUAUGAUACGUCCAUAUUAAACCGAUAUUCGUCAUUGAACAAAUUAUUACGUGUAACGUCCUAUUGUCGCCGUUUUAUUAAUAACGCCGUGUCGGGCAAUGUCAAAAUAACCGGUCCACUUCAAGCAGACGAGAUAAAUAACGCUACUACUUGUAUAAUUAAACUAGUACAGUAUAACAGCUGGAGUGAAGAAAUUACUGCAUUGAGUAGCGCACGUCAAAUAAGUCCGAAAAGUAAGCUAUAUCAACUCAAACCAUUUUUGGACGAAAAUAAACUCAUCAGGGUGGGCGGGAUAUUUAAAAAUUCCGACACCUUGGACAUUUUUGAAAAACAUCCAAUUCCGUUUCCUGCAGAUAGUCCGUGCAUGAGAUUAAUAUUUGUAAACGAACACGAGAAAACAAUGCAUGGCGGUCCACAGAUAAUGUUAGCGGCAAUUCGCAAUAAAUAUUGGCCAAUUAAUGGACGUAAUAUUGCGCGAAAAAUAACUCAGAAGUGCGUUAAAUGUUUUAAAUACAAGCCAGUCGUGGUACAACCUAUUAUGGGCAAUUUACCACAAGCUCGAAUUGAUCCCGCAAAACCGUUCCAACGGUCUGGUGUCGAUUUCGCAGGACCAUUUCUGGUAAAGUCGUCCUUACGGCGGAAUGCGUCAGCUAAUAAAGCAUAUGUAUGCAUGUGGGUAUGUUUUAUUACUAAGGCCGAUCACAUAGAGCUGGUAGGAGAUUUAACUACGCAAUCCUUUAUGAACGCAUUAAAAAGAUUUUGUGAUAGGCGUGGUUUAGUGAGCGAUAUAUACUCAGAUAACGCAACCAAUUUUGUGGGAGCUAGUCGUCAAUUGGUAGAACUUAAGACACUAUUCUGGUCACCCGAGCAUCAAGAAAAACUGCAAAGGUUCACUGCAAAUAAUGGUAUUCGCUGGCACUUCAUUCCAGCACGUUCCCCUCACUUUGGCGGUCUUUGGUAA